UUUUUGCAGCAAUAUCGUCAUUACAAAUCAACCUUAGAAGUUUUUGCUUUCACUCCGGAUAAAUUCAACAAAAGUCUCGAUGAACUGGUUAUGUUUUUGGCGCAGGUCUGAAAACUAAAGUUUGUCAAGUUGGGCAUCUCUGCAUACAUGCUUAUAUUUUAAUUUUUUUCACUGCGUAUCUAUUAUAUCAUAGAAAGUAUUACUACUAACAUAAGUUAUCAUGGAAAAGUGCGUUGAGGUAUUGGGUGAGGAAAUCAAAUGUAGAGAUUCUCUAAUAAGGACUUUGUAUUCUCUACUAAGAGAUGAUCCCAUGUUUCAAAGCCUGUUCAUUUAUGGUCAUGUGUCCUGUGGAAAAUCUUUGAUUGUACAAAGUGUGCUGAAAUACUUGGAUUACAAUGUAUCGAUAAUAAACUGUGUUGAGCACACAAACAGCAGGAGCCUGUUUGAAAAGAUCAUAGUAGACCUCUCAUCCAUUAAACUGUCUUCAAGUAAUGGUUACAAACUGGAGAGAAGGUGUGACGACUUCGUUGAGUUAAUAUUCCAAAUAAAAUCGAUCGCCAAAGCAAAUCCAAAGCCAAUCGUCAUCGUCUUUGAGCGGUGCGACAAAUUGCGUGAUCUGCACGAGAACAUUCUACCAGGACUUCUUCGACUAGGUGAAUUGACGCAAUCGAACGUCUGCACCAUCUUCACGAGCGACGUCAUCUGGGAGAAGUACAAACCAAAGACAGGAAUGUACGAUCCCAUCACGCUUCACUUUCCGGCGUACAACAAGGACGAAACGCUGGAGAUUCUGCUGCAUACGACGAAACCAGUGGAGUACGAGACGACCUUUUACAGCACGUACCUGAAUCUCUUCCUCUCGGUAUUCUACCGCUUCUGCCGAGACUUGCACGAGUUGCGCUACAUGGCCAAGAAAAAUUUCCUCAAAUACAUCGAGCCGGUGGAAAACGGCUUAAUCGCCGAGAACGACACCAAUUCCCUCUGGCGCAACAUCAGCCAUACCCUUCGGGAGAACCUGGAGGUGAUCUACCUGCGAGUGUCAACCAAUGAUUUCGAGCAGCAGAACAAACUCUCGCUCGAGCUCGAGUCAACGGCGAGAUUAGCUUUGAGCUUCGAGCUGCCGUUCUACGCCAAGUAUCUGCUCAUCGCCGCGUUCCUGGCCUCUUACAAUCCUAUGAAAGAGGACAGGCGACUAUUCAUGAAAGAUGCUGGUCCGAAGAAGAAACGAGCCUAUAAAAGGAAGAACGAGAAGCUUGUGACGAAUAUUCGUGAGGGACCCAAGAACUUUCCGUUGAACCGAAUGCUUGCCAUAUUCUGUUCGAUUAUCGAUGAGAAGAUCGACAUGAAUGCCGUGUUGCUAACGCAGAUUCCCUCAAUGUGCCAAUUGGGACUGCUCACCGUCGUAGGCGAUAAUAAUAUCGACGAGCCGAAGUACAAGUGUUGUAUCAACUACGAGUUCGCGAUGGUUAUCUCUAAGAACGUUAACUUUGAGUUGCAAAAAUAUUUGUACGAUUACCUGCACUAAGUAUUUAUCGUGAGAAUCUCUGCAUUAUGAAUUACUUCUAUCUAUAUUGAUAGGGUCUGUUACUUAAUUUAUUAUUUAAUAUUUUGUACGAGCAUUAUUUUGUAAUACUUUUUUGGCGCUUUAAUAAACGAUUUGUAUAAAAUA